GUAAAAAGAUGCUGGGAAGAUGUUUUAUUCAAUGAAAUAUCGAUUACUCCUUCAUAUAAAGCAUGAAUUUUACCACAAAAGCGUGUCAUCUAUUAUUUUCAUGUAUAUAACUAUUAUUUCACCGUACUUUCCGAUGACGAUGCACAAGCCGGUAUUAUCGACGAAUCCUAUCAAGUAUACGAUUUACUUCGAAGCUGAGGUAAACAAAUAUGGCGUCUCUUGUACCUAAUUAUGGUAGUGAUGAAGAUUCGUCUUAUACGGAUUCAGAUGAUAAUGUCACAAUAUCAACGACGGCACAGAAAGAAACGGAAGACAAAGCAAAUCAGAACUUUUUUGAUGCUGGUGCAAGUAGUUCAGAUGAAGAUGACAAAGAGGAUGUAAAAACUGAUGAUAAAAACCGUCUUCCUAAUCCAAUGCUAGGCAGUCUCCCUCAACCAGUGUUUGAUGCAGACAAUGAGAAGGAAUUACUUUCUGUGUUCACAAAUCCUUACGAACAGGCAGAGCAAGCUAAAAAUACUGUUCUUGAAAAACAUGUCAAAAUGGUCGAGAGGAAUAUUCCAAAAGGAAAAGCUGGGCAAGUCUGCUUUAAAUACAAGAAAGGAAAGUGUCCGUAUGGGAAAAAUUGUAGAUAUUCUCAUGACUUGAGUUCAGAACUGAUUUCAAAACCACCAGCAAUGACGGAGGAAAAGUCAGUGUUUGAUUUUCAUCACCACUCUGUUACUGUGCAAAAAAUUGAACCUGAGCUGGAAGAUGAUGACAAUUAUAUGGCAAAUGCCAAAAGGAAAAAAAGGUCUGGAAUUACUGACAACUUAUUGCCUCCAAAAAGAGCUCUAAAAUCAUUGGAUAAACAAAGACAAACUGAACGGCCAUGGACUGUUUCUGAUAAAUAAAAUUGAUAGUUUUCUUAAAUUGUGUUUGUCAUAUGAUGUAACCACAAAUUCAUAAUGGUAAAUUAUGCCAUAUACUAUUACAGUGCAAUAAAAUUUACUCUAUAUUUA